AGCUCGAACGUUACGGUGGUUCAGCGACUCAAAGAUAAAGAUUUUCAAGUCCAAAUCGAAUAUUUUCGAAAUCUAAAAGUUAAGAAAAAAGGCAAGUCAUGUUUACGGUUAGGCUGCUGGCUCUGUGCUUUAUCAGCUGGCUGGGCGUUAAUGCCAAGCUGGAGGAACGGUUCUCGUGGAAGCAGCUGACCUUCGAUUGGCCCAGCGCCGAGGCUGAGGCGGAGGCCAAGCAGAGCGGCCACUACAUUGCAGAGAACAAUUUGCCACUUGGCGUGGAGCGCUGGGAAAACAAAAUCUUUGUCACUGUGCCAAGAUGGAAGGCCGGUGUUGCAGCCACCUUAAACUACAUUGAUCUCUCGACAACUGAGAAAUCACCAAAGCUACGUCCCUAUCCCAGCUGGGAGGCCAAUAAGCUGCCCAUCGAUGUGCAGCCACAAGAGCAGAAGACGCCAUCUGGCGGACGUUUGGAUGCGGACAAGGCGCAGGAUGUUGGCGUUCAAUUGCAGAACAAUGCAACAAUCAUUUCCACUUUCCGUAUAAGCGUUGAUGUCUGCGAUCGCCUCUGGGUGCUGGACACUGGCCUGGCCGAUAUCUUGGGCAAUCCCAAGCAAAUUACACCCAGCUCGAUAUUGGUAUUCGAUCUGAAGACAGAUCAGCUGCUGCGUCGCUUUGCCAUACCCGCCGAUCAGAGCAAGGAGGACACAUUCUUUGCCAAUAUUAUUGUCGAUGUGGACCGUGAGCAGUGCGAGGAUGCGUAUGCCUAUGUUCCAGAUUUGGGCGCAUACGGCGUUAUUGUCUACUCGCUCAGGGAUGACAAAUCGUAUCGAGUGAAGCACAAUUACUUCCACUUUGAUCCGCUGCAGGGCGAUUUUAAUGUGGCCGGCGUCAACUUCCAAUGGACCGAUGGCGUCUUCGGCAUGGCCAUUGGGCCCUUGAAUCCGGAUCAUACCAAGGACGUGUAUUUCCAUGCCCUGGCCAGCACCAAGGAGUUCAAGGUCUCUAAUCGUGUGCUCCAAAACGAAAGUCAUGUGAAUGGCGGCGAUUCGUAUUAUGAUUUCAAGCUGAUCGGUGAUCGCGGCAUGAACGGACAAUCGACAGCCGAAUCGUAUGAUAAGGAGACGGGCGUACUCUUCUACACGCAGGUGAACAAAGAUGCCAUCGCCUGCUGGAAUGUGAAGCGUCCAUAUACGACCGACACGCAGGGACUAAUCGAAUCCGAUUCGCAUACUUUGGUCUUUCCCAACGACCUGAAGGUGGACAACACUGGCAACCUCUGGGUGCUAUCCGAUCGCAUGCCCACCUAUCUGUACAAAGAGUUGGAUCACAAUGAAGUCAAUUAUCGUAUAAUGACGGGCAAGACGGCUGAUCUUAUCAAGGGUACACCAUGUGAACUCUAAUAUUAAUAUAUAAUAUAAUCUAUAUAAAUAUUCUUCUA